GAGUGAUGCGCGUCGUCCUUGCAGUGCGCGCCUCCAUCAUGGCCCUCAACAUCCCCGGCGUGAGCGUCAUGAUGCUCUUCUACCUGCUGGUCCUCGCCAUCGGGGUGUGGGCCUCCUUCAAGUCCCGGCGGGAGGCCAAGAAGGGCCGCGGGGACGAGACGGAGAUGGCGCUGCUGGGGAACCGCGGCAUCAACCUGGCGGUGGGCAUCUUCACCAUGACAGCCACGUGGGUCGGAGGCGGGUUCAUCGUGGGCACGGCGGAGGCGGUCUACAACCCGUCUAUGGGGCUGCUGUGGGCCGUCAUGCCCGUGGCCGCCACCGUGUGCUUCAUCUUCGGAGGACUGUUCUUUGCCGAGCCCAUGAGGGACAACAAGUACGUGACCAUGAUGGAUCCUUUCCAGAUCAAAUAUGGAAAAGUGGCCACGGCUACUUUGUCGCUGGCCUCGCUCGUCUCCGAGAUUAUGUGGGUGACAGGAACACUGAUAGGAUUAGGCGUGACGAUGAGCGUGAUCCUGGACCUGUCCUACUCAGUGAGCAUCUGGAUCUCGGCGGCGGUGGCCAUCACCUACACGCUGCUGGGCGGUCUCUACUCGGUGGCGUACACUGACAUCAUCCAGCUGGUGCUCAUCUUCCUCAGCCUGUGGAUGUGUGUUCCCUUCGCGCUGAUGAGCCCGGCAGUGACGGACAUCAGCAAGACGGCCUUCAACUUCACCUUCCAGCCGCCCUGGCUCGGAACCUUGGAGGAGGACCGCGUGUGGCGCUGGAUCGACAACUUCCUCAUUCUAGGUUUGGGCAACUUGGGUCUGCAGAACUUCCACCAGAGGACGCUGUCGGCCGCCUCGUCCUCCACGGCCAAGAUCACCUGCUUCGCGGCGGCCAUCAUCGUUCCCACGCUGGGGAUCCCCCCCAUCCUGUUGGGGGCAGCGGCGGCUUCCACAGACUGGAACUUGACUUCGUACGGCUCUCCGUCCCCGUUCGAGCGAGGACAGACGGGUCUGGUGCUGCCCAUCGUCCUGCAGCACCUCACCCCGCCCUACAUUUCCAUCGUGGGCAUUGGCGCCGUGGCCGCCGCCGUCAUGUCGUCCACCGACUCGGCCUUGCUGUCGGCCGCCUCCAUCUUCACCUCCAACAUCUACAAGAACAUCCUGAGGACGCAGGCGUCCCAGCAGGAGGUCCAGUGGGUGAUCCGGGUGUCGGUGGUGGUGGUGGGCCUGGCGGGGACGUCCCUCACCUUCCUGGACAACAGCGUCCUGAUGAUCUGGAUGCUGCGCUCGGACCUCACCUACACGCUCAUGCUGCCCCAGCUGGUGUGCGUGCUCUUCUUCGCCGUGUCCAACGGCUACGGCGCCGUCCUCGGCUGCGUGACGGGCAUGCUGCUGAGGGUGCUCUGCGGCGAGCCGCUGCUGGGCAUACCGCCCGUCAUCCGCUUCCCGGGCUGCGCCCUGGAAAACGGAGUCUACGUCCAGCUCUGGCCCAUCAGAACCAUCUGCAUGCUCUCGGCGGUGGCGGCCAUCCUGUCCUUCUCCUCCCUGGCGUCCAUGCUCUUCCGCCGAGGCGUGAUCCCCGAGAAGUGGGACGUGUUCCAGGUGAAAGGUCUGGAGUCGGCAGAGAGGGCGGACGGCGCCAAGUACGAGGUGAAGGACGAGGAGCUGAAAGAACAAAACGACAGCAAUGAAGUUUGCGAGCCCAUGUUGGAGUCGGCUUUCUGAUCAAAGCUAAGUUGAAUGUUUCCUAGUUUAGUCGACUUUCAUUUGUACCUUGAUGUGCGCUGACGUGCGCACAUAUAAUAAUGUAUCGGAAUAACAGCUCUCUGUUUUAAGAGCUCAACGUGUUCUCUGCAAUUUUCUGCAGCAAUGACACUCGUAGGAUUUCUUGUGAACUGCCAGAAGCACGCCGGUGUUCCCCGUUUUCUUUUUAGCGUCCUGAGACCAAGAGGAAGAAGGGCUGACUUUUGGUUGUACUUUUCUUCUCGUACUCUCGUCAGUCUAUGCAAACACGUGUGGAAGAUUAAACUUCAUUAGCUGCC